CAAAAUAAUUUGUGAAAAAUACUCUUGGGGGACAAUUUAGGGCUUGGGAGCUGAAAUGCUUCUACUGUGGUUUUGAGGUUAUCCAGCUCAAUAGGACUCAGCCUGUACUGAAGGACAAUGUGAAGAAGGGUGUGAUGAGGUUUCUACACAGUUUGGAGACCUCACCUGGAGUUUUUGUUUAUUUAUUAUGCUGGUGUUUGAGAUCUGAACAGUAGAUGAGCCCCAAAACAGCAGAGAAGCAGCAAUAUCUGCCUUCUGGCUUUAUAGCAUCAUAGGUUAGAAAAGAUCUCUUAAGAUGGAGUCCAACCAUUAACUCAGCAUGCUCCAUCCACCACUAAACUGCAUCCUUAUGUGCCACAUCUACAUGUUCUUUAAAUGCCACCAGGGAGGGGGAGCCUACCACUCCUCUGGGUAGCCUGUUCCAGUGUUUGGCAAUUCUUCUGGUGAAGUAAGUUUUUCCUCAUAUGGAAUCUAAGCCUCCCCUAGCACAACUUGAGGCCAUUUAUUACACUGUUGGUUGUUUCUUGAUAGAAGAGACUAAUCCUCACUUUGCUACAACCUCCUUUCAGGCAGGCGUAGAGAGUGUUAAGAUCUCCCCCGAGCCUCAUUUUCUUCAGGCUAUACCUCAGCUGCUCCUCACAGGACUCACUUUAUCUUCCUGUCUUGUUUGUGGGUUUUUCAAUCUCUGGUGGCAGAUUCAUGCAAAUUAUUUCCAGUUUGUAUUUAGUGGGGUCUAAGACCAGCUGGACCAAGUACAUCCCAGACAGAGGAUGGCCACAGAAUACCAUCCAGUUACAUCAGAGACUUGGUGUAAGACUUGAGAAGACAAGAUUUGGUGUUUGUAAACACCCUCUCCUCACCAGCGUAACUAACUCCCAGAAGACUCUUGUACAGGGGAUUUCUCCUGUCAUCCUGCCUCCCUCUUCAGCAUUUUGUGUGAGCCCUGCAGCUUCAAGGUACACUGCUGUCUCAUCUGUGAGGGGAUCAGAGCUUCCCUCUAAGGGGAUGGAUCCCCAGAGAGAGAGACCCAAGAAAAUGAACACAGAACAUCUAAUUGCUGACAGGCAGGAAGGAAUUGGUGUCUGUGGCUGGAUCCUGGUUUCCCUUUCAUUCCUCCUGGUGCUUAUUACCUUUCCCAUUUCCAUCUGGGCAUGUAUUAAGGUUGUCAGAGAGUAUGAACGUGCUGUUGUAUUUCGUCUGGGACGUAUUCUGCCUAAGAAAGCAAAGGGACCAGGAAUGAUCCUUGUACUUCCAUGUACAGAUACAUUUAUCAAGGUUGAUCUUAGGACAGUUACCUGUAAGAUUCCUCCACAAGAGAUUCUCACAAGAGACGCUGUUACUGCCCAGGUGGAUGGGGUGGUGCACUACAGGAUCCACAGUGCUGUCAGUGCUGUUGCCAACGUCACUGAUGUCCACUCUGCCACCUUGCUCCUGGCACAGACAGCCCUGAGAAAUGUUCUGGGUACACAGAGCUUGGCUCAGCUCCUGGCAGGUCGAGAGGAGAUUGCACACAGUGUCCAGGCUACCCUUGGCAGUGCCACGGAGCAGUGGGGAGUCAAAGUGGGCCGUGUGGAGAUCAAAGACAUCCAGAUCCCUGUGGCCAUGCAGAGGGCAAUGGCAGCUGAAGCAGAGGCUGCUCGAGAGACAAAAGCUAAGGUUGUGGCAGCUGAAGGAGAAAUGAAUGCUUCCAAAGCUCUCCAGAAGGCCUCCAUGGUGCUGUCUGAGUCUCCAGCAGCUCUACCGCUGCGUUACCUGCAAACGUUGACAGCUGUGGCAGCACAGAAUAAUUCCACCAUUGUCUUCCCUCUCCCUAUAAAUAUGUCUGGAGGUUUGGGGCAGAAAAGUACAGGGGGAUAGAGAAUGUUCUAUGCUAGCUCCUAGGCCAGAGAUAUUUAAAGGUUUUCCUAGGAAGCAAGGGGGUCCUGAUUGGCAGAGUUAGAGUAAAAGCAUGUUUGGGUCCUCUGUCCCCAAAAUAAGAGUAAAGUAAGUAUAAUAAUCAUGCACAGCUCCCACGUUGAGACUGCAUUUGCAAAGUUUAGACACCAAGCAGUUCCAGCUUAGACUCUCCUGGAAGAAAAUAUAUAAAAUGGACAUUAGACCUAAUAUAAAAUUUUAAUGAUGUUUUCACCACACUUUACAGAGUUUUGAGUGUUGCAAUUAUUUGAUGAUUUGUCUGCUAGGCAAGAACCUCUGAGUUGUUGAUGUACUCCACACAGCAAAAGGGUCAGAUGUUAUUUAACUCAAGCCCUGUGGAGUGGAAAGGAAGGAUUUGGCUCUAAAACUUAGAGGUAUUCUUUCAUAAAUAUUGGCAUAAUUACUGGGUAAUGGGUAUGUCAGUGGAACAGCCUAUUCUUUAUCUUACAUUAAUAGAAAUUAAUACUUGCUUUAUUGACUUCAGCUGUAUUUUGCCAUAUCACUGACUUUUAUAUAAUCUAUGUAAUAAAGUAAAGAGAAUG